ACCGAUAUAUUAUCCUCUCGGCAGCCUGCUCCUGAAAAGCUUGCUCGCUUCUAACGCGCGCUUGCAAGCACUCGUUUUUUUGUGGCUGGUGCGCGGGAGGCCUUCUAACUAUUGUUACAAGUCGCAUUUUACAGAUAACACAUAGCGAUGAUGCUUUCAACUUCUCUCCAGCGCCACUGUGUGGCCAAGCGUGGGGCAAUUGGGCAAGCAGCUCCGUUCGCAGGCUCGCGCCUCGUUUCUAGCUCGGGUUCACGCACUGUCUCGCGUCAAGCAGAGCGCCGUGAGAUUGAGCCUGCCCCUUUUGCGGACAUUUACAUGGCCAUGGCGGAACGCUUGGCCGCCCCGGGUGCUGUUCUGCCCAAGGGCGAUGGCCGCGUUCUGGUGGAGAGCAUCCGCUCCCUGGAGCAUGGGCAGCGCACGCUGCAGCUGAUUGCACGCCACGUGGCAGCAAAGAGGGAGUUUGCCGGAGCGCUGGAGCUAGACUGGCCCACCCGCAAGAAGUGGCUGGGGCGCAUCUGCGAGCUGUCGCUGCGCGCCCCCAACUGCAAGCCGCUCAUCCUGGACAUAUUCGCCAACGCCGACGCCUUCGCGCUGUCCACCUACUUUGCUGCGGAUAUGGUUGACCUGCUGGGGGCGGCGGGCGCCGAGACCGCCCUGCUCACCAAGCUGAUCGAGCUGUUCAAGGCCAAGCGGCCCGCGGGCUGCAAGGGCGUGGCAGCUGCCUACCACCGCCUGCUGCGCCUCAUGCGCGAGCGCAAGGACGAGACGGCCGCCACCGCUGCCGCCGCCACACUCAAGGCGCUGCUGGCGGCGCCGGCGGCGCCCGCGCCGGUGGCACCAGCGCCGGUGGCUGUGCCGCCGCCUGCCACUGCGUAAGCGUGGCUUGCGCAGGCUAGCCGGCUAGAGGUCUGAGACGGAUGGACGUCGUGAGAGGGGGCGGACGGAAGCGGGCGGGCUGAGAAUAUCCAUCGGUUUUGUUAAGUUGGUGUACGGAACUGCAGCGGAGGUACUUCCCCUGCGGUACUGGGUUGUUUUUGUACGUGCGCGCGGCUGGUUGGGGAUGAAGAGGCUCUAGUGUGCGGCAUGUGAGUGCCCAGGGUAUGCCGAUUAGCGUGACAGACGGUGAAAGGUGCACAAUGAGGAGUACAGUAACUUUUGUGCGCGGAAGGCCUCGCAACUUACCGAGCAUGGGCACCGGCUGCAUAAAACUAAAUGGGAACCUGC